CGCACAAGCAGAUACGUCGCCUCCUUUAAAUAAAACAUUCACCCUACUUUACGAACCAGUGGAGGUUAGUUAGUGCUGAAUUCUGCUUGGUUUGGACGCACUUCAGGCACCCUGAGGAUGAAAUUCAGGUCAGGAUUUAUCUCCUGCCUGUGGGUGGCAACCCUGGUCAUCUCGACAGUCAACGCCCAAAAUUGCAUUGUAAAAGAUUCAAAUGGAAAUGAGAUUCCUCCAGCCUCAGAUAUUAGAUUUGACGUUGCUGACAAUGCGCCAGCAGAAACUCAAUUUGGGAGCCUUGACGUCGUAAAUAUCAACGGCGUCACUGAAAUUGAAUCUGCAUUCUUCAAUUUGGUAAUUCUGGACGGCAAACUCAUUAUUGCAACAACAGCUGAAUUUGCCAAUGUGGAACAGACUUCGGAAUCCUCAGCAGUGACUUUCGAGAUUAAUCUGCAAUGUGCAGAUGGAGUGCAACAAACAAGGCCGAUAAAUGUGGUGCUGCAGCUAACCAACACAUACGAUCCGCAAUUUGAUGAGUUUAAUAGCAACUUCCAACUGCCAAUGCCUUUCCCUCCAGAGAUCGAAAUAAACACAGCUUACGGAGUAACCAUCGCGGCUUUUGACAACGACAUUUACAACAAUGAUGUCACGUUCAGCAUUGAGGACCCUUCUGGAAACUUUUAUGUUGAGCCCAAAGGGGAAUUUACCGUGGGUGGUUCACCUAAAAAAAGAUAUGCAGUUGCCCUGAAGUCAAAGCGAUUGCUUAAUCUCUCUGGACCCUUGCAAGUCACAAUAGUUGCUCAGGACAACGAAGGAGCAGAACGUAGGACUAGCAGGGCAACAGUCACUAUCGAAGUGGACACAGAAAAUUCUACGCCAGUCACUAUUGGAUUCAAGAGCAAUUUCUACACGGCCGAUGAUGACGAUGCUUUUGCCACUGGUGAGCUAGUCCCAAGCGAGGAAAUUGAACUUGUUGAGGCUCCAGAAAACACUGCAGGAAUCGUGGUUACUUUGAGAAAAGCACCAGGAAAUUUGCCAUCCUUUGAAGACAGAUUCACGGGAACGUACGAAGUGGAAGGGAAUACGGUCAGAAUUGAACAGACUCUGCCGUUCACUGAAGAGGAAGAAGUGCCUCCAGGUUUAGCAUUGGAAAUUGAGGUCAGCGAAGCAACAAGUGGGUUCGUCGCGCGGACAGUGUUGCACGUGUCGCUGCCCGUGGAGGAGUGCCCGGUGCAGACGACGGAGGCGCCGAUCACCUGCCCCGUGUGUCCCACUGAGACGCCAUCCACUUGCCCCACGUGCUCGCCGGGUGGCGAAACGUGUCCGACGCACCCAACCUGCCCAUCGUGUCCGACGCCCUUCCCCACCGUGCCGCCCACGUGUCCCACCUGCGCGCCCUGCACCUCGACCACGCCCAAGCCACCCUCCAACAUCGAGUUCGUACAGCCCGAAUAUUCCACCACCGUCCCGGGAGACGCUGCUAACGUCCCAUUGUUCACCGUUGAAGCUGUUAUUACUGAGGGAACUGGCACGAUCAAAUACGGCUUUGUCGCUUCCCCAGAAUUGAGCUCGAGACUAAGCAUGGACGAGACCACCGGAGUUCUGACCCUGACGCGACGAGCUGCCCCUGGAAGCUACGAGUUUACUCUCACUGCCGAAAUUGUCGAGUUGGGAGGUACCCCUGCCACCGCUCUUGGAUUUCUGGACGUGAACAGUAUUGGCGAGUGCGAGGAUGGCACAACCUGCUUCAAAUACGCGCUGAUUACGAAAGAAGUUGAGGAGGGAAAGGAAACGGAAGAUCUCAUUCCUGGAUCGCAACCAACGGGUCCCGGCUGCGAAUUCCGUAUUGACGACGUCGAUGCCGCUUUUGACGGUUGGUUUGAAAUCGACGUAAAUACCGGGGCCCUGAAGGGUCUGUCUGCGAUCAACUACGAAGACGCUGCCUUCGCAGAUGUGGAAGUGCCGCAAGUUGUGCUUCGCCUGCAGGUCGAAUGUUCGUCAGAUGUGGAAGUCAAGGACACCUUCAACGCGACAAAGCGUGCUCGACUCGAGGCGGAGGUCACCAAGCAGCAAAUGUUGGUCGUUUUAAACAUCCUCAACGUCAACGACCACGAGCCUGUUUUCGAACCGGCAGAACUCAGGGUUGGCUACCCUAGCAGAGAUUUCGCAAGGCAAAUUUUCCCUGGAGCCAUUGCCAAAGUUCAGGCUACGGAUAGCGAUAAAGGAGACGACAAGAAGCUGAGAUAUCGUCAGGAAUUUAUCAGCGACGAGUUUGAUUUGGACGAAAUCACAGGAGAAUUGUAUCCAGUGGACGGAAGGUUCAGCUACGAAAACAUUCGGUUAACGAUCUUAGCUCUUGACAGUGAAGGCGCCAACGGUGCAAAACAAGGUCGUCUCACACUGGACAUUAAAAUGGUGAACGAGGGACAAGUAGCGGUGGUGAUCGCUGAAGGAGCCACGAUAGAUGACGCAGACACAAUCGUCGCUGACCUCAACACCAAAAUCGACUCGCACUUGUGGGGCAGCCUGAGGAACUCGUACAUCGCGGAGGACCUCGAUGGCAGACUAGGAAGCUCCAGAGCAAGAGCUGGCGGCCUUCUUCUCGUUCUCUACGCCUUGGACAAGACGAAUUGGAAUUCUGCUUCCCACGAAAAGAUUAAACAGCUUUUGUCGGGCUAUCAGCCAGGCUCCGGCUGGACUCUGGCUGGAAUCCAGACCUGGGAAGAGGCGGGUGGUUGGGACUCGAGUGGGGGAGGAUCUGACCCUGACGAAGGUUUGACGAUCGCGGUGAUCGUGCUCGCUGUAAUCGUCGCGCUCUGCCUUAUCGCAAUUGGUGGCAUUAUUUACGUCACAAUUUUUAGGAAGAGAAAAUUGGAAAAAGCAGUUCACUCGCAAGUUGGAGUAAAAAAUAGGACUAGCUUCUCCAAACACAGGGAGAGCCUUGCUGUUGAAGUUGCGAAGAGAAGUCAUGUAAAUGGGUUUGAUACGCCCAAAAAGGACGAGCUGAUAGUGGAACCAGAAAUGGAAGAAAGGAGGAAAUCGGCGACGGUAAAAUUCAACGACGAGCCAGAAGUGAUCCCCAGCAAUGAAUCUGUCAGACUUUGAGAAUUGCGGCCAACAAGAUUUUAAAAAUAACAUACAAAGUAUAUAAUUUAUCGCAUAUUUAUAUUUAUACGCAGAGCGAAUGGUGUACGUGUAAAUGAUAUUAGCAACUAAGGAUUGUGUACUAUUUCUUCAAUAAAAUUAAUAUAUAGAAACUA